AUGAGUGGAGCUAAUGGAGCAGAAGUAAUACAGACCCUCUCAUCUCCCUUCUCUGAUCGCAUGAGGAAACAAGGGAAACACAUGACAGGUAACAUCUUUGUGGUGAGUUUGGCGGUGGCAGAUCUGGUGGUGGCCAUCUAUCCGUAUCCGCUGGUCCUGACCUCCAUAUUUCACCGGGGCUGGAACCUGGGAUACAUGCACUGCCAGAUCAGCGGCUUCCUGAUGGGCGUCAGUGUAAUUGGCUCCAUUUUCAACAUCACCGGCAUCGCAAUUAACCGCUACUGUUAUAUCUGCCACAGCCUCAAAUAUGACAAACUCUACAGCGACAAAAACUCAGUUUGCUAUGUACUGCUAAUCUGGGCCUUGACGGUGCUUGCAAUUGUGCCCAACUUAUUCGUAGGCUCCCUGCAGUAUGAUCCACGGGUUUAUUCCUGUACGUUCGAGCAGUCGGCGAGCUCGGCCUACACGAUCGCUGUCGUCUUCUUCCAUUUUAUCCUUCCCAUCAUGAUCGUCACCUACUGCUACCUGCGAAUCUGGAUUUUGGUCAUACAGGUGCGACGACGAGUGAAGCCCGACAAUCGUCCCAAGCUCACGCCUCACGACGUGCGAAACUUCGUAACAAUGUUUGUUGUUUUUGUACUCUUUGCCGUGUGCUGGGCACCAUUAAACUUCAUCGGGUUGGCGGUAGCGAGCUAG